AUGAAGAGUGAGGCUGGUGCAUUAGGUGAGGGUGAGCCACUGCCGCUCAGCCCGGCCGACCCGGCGUCGGGCAUUCUGGAGGCGCUGCUGGCGGUGGAGGACGAGAGGGAACGCCUGGAACUGCUGCUAAGCGCGUUCGAGCCCCCUGCAGAGGGGGAAUUGUUGCCCGAGUUUUGGCUUGGCAAGUCCAUGUGA